AAGAGGUGAAUUAUGCCUGGUCAGUGGUCAACCGAGGAGAUAAAGCAGUUGAUUUGUGAGGUGGAGGAACGACCGACACUGUGGAAUGUAUUGGUAGACGAAUAUAGAGACCGGGUGAAAAAAUCUGACUCGUGGAAACAAGUGGCGGAAGCUUUAAACAAGGAACAAUGCGAGGUGGAAAAGAAGUUCCACACGCUGAGGACUCAGUAUGCCGCUGAGGUUAAGGCCGAAGAAAAAAGGAAGUCCGGGUCCGAGGGUGUUGUAAAGAAGAGUAAGUGGCAGUACAUGGAGGCGUUGUCGUUUCUCGGCGCGGGGAUGAAAAAACGGCAGGGAUCUUCCUCAGAGAUUGGAUUUUCCGAAACUCUCCCUGACAGAAGUGACGAAACCAUCGAAAUGGCCAGCACCGCUCCGACAACAAAGAAAGCCCGGCGUGAACCCAACAAGGACCUGUUGGCUCAGGCUGUAAAAGUGCUUGAAGAGCCGCCAGCGGACGCUCUUGAUAUUUUCGGUCAGUACGUUUCGACGGAGCUUCGAGCUAUUCGUGGAGAACAUAUUCGAAACAGAGCCAAACGAGAUAUUACUAUGACAAUUUUAAGAACUCAGGAACUGGAUGAACAGCAGUACAGUGGUCAUUCGUCACCUCUUUCCUGGAGGGCUGACACGCCGUCGCCUUCAUUUAGCCAAUCACAUGCCUCAAGCACGACCAUGCAGAAUAUUGUUACUGACCAAAACCAAUAUGCCACCUAUUCUGGCAUUGCUCCGAACUCUUGUGCUGGUGCGGGAUACAACGCCUAUCCCUCUUUGUAAAUUGUGUUACUGCAACAAGUGCAUACAUUACCUUGAUG